UGUGAUGUUACCGGCGUCUUUCUUCACGUCAAGCACUGGGUUGUCGGCGUUGUUCAAAACGAAUCGACCAGACGUCUCUAUUGCCUCCCCCGACGAAACUCUUCCGGAGGUUGAUUCCAUUCUCGAAUGUUCUUCACACUGUAAAAGUGACCCCAAAUGUCAGACGUUCAAUUUCGUCAGGAAACAGAAAGUUUGCCAGAUCAGCCGAUUGAAAGCUGGUAUUUUACUCUUGGAGACGGCAGUGGGAAGUUUGAUGUACUCACGCUGGUCAAAGCAAGUUCAACUGUCCUACUACAAAAGAAACGUGCUAACCAUGAAACAUUUCGUAAAAUACAACGAUGAGGUCUACUACUUCAGGAAAAAAGAUAAAAUUAUUGUAACCAACUUCGAACUGGAAGACACCUUAAAAACUACAUUUCACCUAUAUGAAUUCAGGAUGAGUUUAGGGAUUUUGCAUUUAGAAGAACACUUAAUACUUAAAGGCAAAUUCGCUAUAUUUGGGGAAUAUGCUGACACAAUUAUGGUUCAUUGGGAGAAAGGGAUGGCACUUUUAGAUCUGGAUGGAAACGUGGCGGGGGUAGUGCAUUUGAAAUUUGUUCACGCCGCAUCGUUUCAGUGCGCCAGGUCUUCGAUUGUUUUGGACGGGAAUAGGGUUCUUGUUAAUUGCCCUUCUUUAGAAGACUCUAGUAAGGGCAAGAUUUUGUUUGGUCAUGUGAUGAAAAAGAAUAAAAAUAAAAAGAUUAUUCUUAAUCUUAAUUUUGAUCAAGUUUUACACCAAUAUUUCAGUGCAGGCUGGCUCACGGCUUCCAAUGGCCUAGGCGACUUCGUGAUUUGUAAAAAUCUUCCUGAAAAGGGCGGUCAAAUUAAGUUGUAUAUUCAUAACAGGAAUACCAGCACGUUAGACCAGAAAGUUUUCAAUAUUCCAGAAUCGGAAGGUGUCAUCACGGAUAUUUUAUUUGAUGAAACCAACAACAGGUUAUUAUUCAUCCGCGAUGGGUCGGAAAUGGUUAACGUCGACUUCAAUAAAGUAAGACAGAGCAAGUGGGCUCACCAAGUUACCGCUAGAGAUAUGUACAGAGCUAAUUUUCCAGGUCGUCAUAAUUUCAUAAUACGAAAUAAUGGUCAGAUUUUGCAAUACCAAGCUACUGUUUUAGAACGUGACCGUAUUGCAGUAUUUAACAACAUGUACAAUAAAUGGUUGGCUGAAAUCAACGUUUGGGAAUUGGGGACAUAAUGUUUUAGCCCAUUUCGUUGAAUUUCUUGAAUCCUCUAAAAUCCUCUCUUUCUACCGGGCCCACAAUGACCCCUUGGUAAAAGUGUCUUCACUUGGAGAUUGGCGGAAAAUGUGAUGUUAGCCCUUUGCGACUGAUCCAUUGAUACGACCGAAUCAACGGGCGCAUCUGGGUCCAGUUCAAAUGGACUAUAUUCUUGACAAUCUCCCUCCCAAUGUAUACAGUCAUGUAUAUACAAAAAUAACGUAGCCCGUGUGAUUGGAUGAUUUGAAGUCACAUGACACGAGAAAAACUUGUUAAUUAAUCUGAUGGGCAGAAAUUCUGAAUAUGUCCCGACUGAUUGAUUUUCAGUCACGUAUUACGAAGAAGUCGGGCACUCCGUCAAUUCAUUCAGAUUUGCUGAAUUCGAGAAACAGGUUAUGGGCAUGUCACAACCGCUACGGUCGCCGCAUACUAAGUGAUUCUGUGCAACUGAACACAU